GAUUCGGAUGAUGAUUCGGAUGAUGAUUCGGAUGAUGAUGAUGAUGAUGAUGAUGAUGAGGAAGCCCUGCUCACUGCAUUCUCAUGACGCAGGUGUUUUCUCACCAAAGUGA